AGGGUUUUUGCAGUAUUAAUCCGGGGUUUUUAUCCCGUAUGAGAAGAGAAGUUGGUGUUUCUGAGGACGUAAUAGGCUUUUUUAAACUAUAGACUAAGAAGGCUAGGGUUUUUAUUAAAUUAUCAGUUUGUUCUCUCUUCGAAAUUUCCAUUUUUCAUCUUCUGUAAUACUUCGAUUUCUCUUGUUUUGAAAUUUCGAUUUUUCUUCUUUUGUAAUAGUUCGAUUUUUUCUUAUAAAGCUUCGACUUUAUAUUUUCUACAGAAGUACAAUCCGUAUAAAAUUCCCAGUUCUCUUUAUAUCUUCUACGGAAGGAGUUUUUUCUGUUGAUUUUGAGUUGUUUUCUAUAGUUUUCGGACUUGAACGAUAAUGAAUGUUGGAAAAGGAUUUUCCUGUAAAUCUUCUCUAGAAAGGCUGGUAGCUCGUAAUCCUUCGCUUGAAUUGAAUACCGAUAGCAUCUCUCUAAAACAAAAGGGCGAUGAUGUGAACGAGAACGAUGUUAUCAAAUUACUUGCCGAGUUCUUACUGGACCCGAGAUUCACCAUAUCGAUUUUGGGCUGCUUUCGGCCACUCCUUCGUGGAAUAAUGGAUGAAGCGGUGGAUUUGCUUAGGUGUUCUCAUGGUUCAAGACAUUCUGAAGAUGAAGUUAUGGAAGAUUUUGAUGAAGAAAAUGGUUCUGGUAUGAAGGUUUUCAUCAGAAACGGCUGGAGCUUGAGAUUACAUGAACUUGCUGUACUGGCUUUUAGCCGAGCCUUAGAAUUGGCCCCAUUUUUACUAAGGUCCAUUUUAAAUUACUUUAAGUUUGCACCUCCUCCUUUUCAACGGCUUCUACAUAUGGAUAAAGUUGGAGAAAAGGACUCAUUGGACAUUGUUCGUGUAUCGUAUCGCUUUCUGAAAUUGGAGCCCAAAGUCUUCUCUACACUUUGGGACUGGUCUUUUUUCUUGGACACAAUAACAAAGUAUUCAAAUAUUAACCCAAGCAACUCUGGGGCCUCUUCGGAGACAGUUUUGGAUAUAAGAUGGUGCUGUGCCCAGGUGUUGUCAGUUGUCAUGGGGAUGAGUGAUAGGGUGCCAUUAGAUCUUGGCCUCACAGAGGAAAUGAGUUUUUCAUGCUUCUUGCGCUGGGAGGAGUAUUGUCAGGAUGUAUCAUUAGAGAAGGCUGGCUGGUAUGUAGAAGAAUCAGGACUUUAUGAAGGAAAUAUUGAUUGCGAAAGACCUGCUUCAACUGAUUUGAUCAGUGAAUUAGCUUAUGCUAAAUGUUCGUCAUUAAUUUCUUCUCCAACUGCUUGGCAGAUGGAUCGAUUGAGAAUGAAAAUUGGAGAAACUAAAUGUAAGAUGAAAUUGAAACCAGAAAGGAGCCGAUUUGUACUUACCUCGAGUAUGAAGAGGAGCUUUGAAAUGGCUCGAUUGGCUGUGAGUCAAAGAUGUCCUGUUCUUUUGCAUGGUCCUUCUGGGGCAGGAAAGACCACACUUAUCAACGAGUUGGCACAUGAAACUGGAAUAUCAGAUGUUGUUUAUAUCCAUAUGGAUGAUCAAAUUGACAGCAAGACACUUGUUGGUUGCUAUGUUUGCACGGAGAUUCCUGGAGAAUUCAGAUGGCAACCUGGUUCUAUUACCCAGGCUGUUCUGAAAGGACUUUGGAUAGUUUUUGAAGACAUAGAUAAAGCACCAAAUGAAGUUCUCUCUGUUCUUUCACCUUUGUUAGAAGGUCGAGGAUUACAUAUAACUGGACAAGGGCAGGAAAUAAAUGCUGCAGAAGGUUUUCAAUUAUUUGCGACAAUCUCAGAUCAAAAAUUUAGUUGCAGUAAUAAUUUCAUAGGUACCAGCCGGCUGAGUAAUUUAUGGACAAAAGUGGAGGUUGUAGCUCCAACCAACAAUGAUGUACUAGAAAUUUUGAAGUUGUCAUUUCCAAGAUUGGGGUCUCUUGCUAUGAAACUACUAAUAGAUGCCUUGGAAAGAGUGAAUGCUUUCUGUGCACAACAUAUUGGAGGGUUCCCAGUUGGUGGAUCUUGUUCAGUCAGUGUUUCCAGCAGGUUCUCCUUGAGGCAUCUCAUGAAACUUAGCAAGCGGAUUUCAAGUUAUCUUGGUGAUGAUGAAACGGUGUUUCCUGAUUCUACUCGUAGAAGCAUGUAUCGAGAGGUUGUUGACAUUUUUGCAGCUUCCAUGGCUUCUCCUGAAAAUCGACUUCUGCUAAUGAAAGAAAUUGCAGGAAUAUGGGGGUUACCUGCAUCACAUGCAGAAUACAUAUUCAAUCUCUACAAACCAUUAGUUCAGACUAAACAAUCUGGUUUGCAAGUUGGAAGAGUUUUUCUGCCUAUCGGUCAGGAACCGUCAGAAGGCAAUAUGUAUCUAUCACAACGUAAUGAACGGCCUUUUGCGAACAUUGGUAGCUCAUUACGCCUUCUUGAGAUGAUAGCCUGCUCUGUGUUUCAUAAUGAGGCCGUUCUUUUGGUUGGUGAGACUGGUACUGGAAAGACAACGCUGGUGCAGAACCUUGCAAAGAGGCUUAGAAAGUCACUAACUGUCUUGAAUUUAAGCCAGCAAAGUGACAGUGUUGAUCUAUUAGGUGGCUUUAAACCAACAGAUGCUCGUAUCAUCUGCACCCAACUUGUAAUGGAGUUUGAACAGCUUUUUACUAAGACAUUUUCUCAAAAGAAAAAUUCAUUGUUUCUUGAUGAGGUAAAAAAGGAUGUACAAAAAGGGAAGUGGAAGAAGUUAAUGAGGCAACUUCAAGUCGCUUUCGAUGCUGUGCAUAAGAAACUUCGAGAAAAAGAGAAAUCUGGCUCUUAUCCAAAGCGAAAGAGAUUUUUCUAUGAGGAUUUGAUGCAUGGAUGGGAUGCCUUUUCAGUGAAGCUUGGCUCAGCCCAAAGGCAAGCAGCUCAUUCAACUGAUUCUCUGGCCUUCUCUUUUGUUGAAGGCGCACUGAUAAAAGCACUAAGAAGUGGUUAUUGGGUGUUACUUGAUGAAGUUAAUCUGGCUCCUCCAGAGGUUUUGCAGAGAAUUAGUGGUAUUCUGGAAGGGGAUAAUGGCACUCUUUGUUUGCCUGAAAGGGGAGAUGUGGAUUGUAUUGAUCGGCAUCCUAAUUUCCGCAUAUUCGCCUGCAUGAAUCCUGCAACUGAUGUUGGAAAAAGAGACUUGCCUUUCUCCAUUAAGAACAGGUUUACUGAAUACUUCGUUGAUGAUUUGUUGAAUGAAGAUGACCUGAAUAUUUUCAUAUGUCAAUGUAUGGAGAAAAGUGCACCAUCUUAUCUGCCUGUGAAUGAAAUUAUAUGCUUUUAUAAAAAAGUCAAGGAAGAAUCGGAGAAAAAAUGGCUGGAUGGCGCCAAUCAGAAGCCCCAGUUCAGCUUGCGUUCUCUAGCUCGUGCAUUGGAAUACACUCAAAAGGCAACUCCAAGAUUUGGGGUUCAACAAGCUCUUUAUGAUGGGUUUUGCAUGUUGUUUCGGACUAUGCUGAAUGGCUCUAGUGCUAAAGAUAUGGAGGGCUUCAUCAAGCGGAUUCUGUGCAAGGGGUAUGAUAUUAGGUCGCUCGACUAUUGUGAAUACUGUAAAGUGGAUGUCCAAUCUAGUGAAUUGCCUUCUGGUUCUGAACGAUAUGUUGUAACACCUAGCAUCAAGGAACAUUUGAGGAACCUUUCACGGGCUGUUUUUAUUAAAAAGUAUCCAGUUCUUCUUCAGGGUCCAACAUCUAGUGGAAAGACUAGUCUAGUAAAGUAUCUUGCUGGAGUCACCGGUCAUAGAUUUGUGCGUAUCAACAACCAUGAGCAUACAGAUUUGCAAGAAUAUCUUGGUUUUUAUAUAACAGAUUCUUGUGGAAAACUUGUUUUCCAAGAAGGUAUAUUGGUUGAGGCUGUUCGUAAGGGAUAUUGGAUAGUAUUGGAUGAACUCAAUUUAGCUCCAUCAGAUGUAUUGGAAGCCUUGAACCGGCUAUUGGAUGAUAAUAGAGAACUUUUUAUACCGGAACUUCAAGAAACUGUGAUCCCCCAUCCAGACUUCAUGCUUUUUGCUACUCAAAACCCACCUAUCUUAUAUGGGGGACGUAAAAUGCUUUCUCGUGCUUUCCGCAACCGUUUUUUGGAGAUCCAAGUUGAUGAAAUCCCAGAUGAUGAAUUGAUCAAAAUAUUGGAGGACAGAUGUUACAUACCCUGGAGUCGUGCGAACAUGAUGGUGAAAGUUAUGAAGGAGUUGCAAAUGCGUCGGCAAGGCAGUAAAGUUUUUGCUGGAAAACAUGGAUUUAUUACACCACGCGAUUUGUUUAGAUGGGGGGACCGAUAUGGAGCUUUUGAAGGAACUUCGAAUGAGGAUUUGGCAAACGAUGGAUAUUAUUUACUUGCUGAGAGAUUGCGAGUUGAAAGUGAGAAGGAUGUUGUCCAAAAAGCUUUGGAGGACAUUCUUAAAGUGAAAAUUAUCAAGGAAGAGCUUUAUAAAAAGGAAGCAUCCCAGUGGUGUGAUAUAAUGCACAAAUCUCAAAGUUUUGAUGUACUGGAAAAUCUUGGAUUUCGGAAAAUUGUAUGGACAGGGAGCAUGCUGAGAUUAUAUUUUCUUAUUGAACGUUGCUAUGAGCGGCGUGAGCCUGUGCUUCUUGUUGGUGAAACUAGCGGUGGGAAGACAACUGUAUGCCAGCUGCUGAGCCUUAUCAAGGGAUCACGAUUGAAUAUAUUAAAUUGUCAUCAAUAUACUGAAACAUCAGAUUUUCUUGGGGGUUUCCAUCCGGUGCGUGAUCGGGAAAACAUUGCUGCUUCAUUCAGAGAACACAUUCAACAAAUUAAGCUUUCACAAUUGUUCAUGAGGUUUGCAGGAGGCAAGAUGCUGUCUUUGAAUAUUGAAGAGGCUGGCAGCACUUUGGAUCACAUCAGGGUAGUGCUCAAUCGUAUUAGAAAAGCUCAUCAAGACAGUGACGGCCGUCAAACUUCUGUUGUAAGGAAUGAUCUUGUUGACAUGGAAAAGAUGGUUGACAAUCUUAUUGACUCGCAUAAAAAAUGGCAAACACUUUUUGUUUGGCAAGAUGGACCACUUGUUAAGUCAAUGAAGAAUGGUGAAUGGUUUCUUUUAGAUGAAAUUUCUCUUGCUGAUGAUAGCGUUCUUGAAAGAUUGAACAGUGUGCUAGAGCCUGCGAGGUGCUUGACUUUGGCUGAGAAAGGAGGUGCUGUUUUGGAAGAAUUAGAAGCACAUAAAAAUUUUUUUAUUCUUGCUACGAUGAAUCCUGGUGGGGAUUUUGGAAAAAAGGAGUUAUCCCCUGCACUUCGUAAUCGAUUCACUGAGAUAUGGGUCCCUCAUGUUAGUGACUUAAACGAACUGAGCGACAUUGCUGUGGCAAGCUUUUCGAAACCAGAACUAUCACGUCUUGCAACUCCAAUGCUGAAAUUUUGGGAAAUGUUUCGUGAACUACAGACAGGGAGAGUUCUUACAGUAAGAGAUCUAUUGUCUUGGAUAUCCUUUAUUAAUGCCACCGAGAAUUAUAUUGGGCCAUUAGAAUCAUUUCUUCAUGGAGCAUUUCUUGUUUUACUCGAUGGACUAAGCCUAGGCACUGGGAUGCAAAAAUUUGAUGCUGGAGAAUUGAGAGUCAAAUGUUUGUCUUUUCUUCUGAGUCAGCUUGAGGCUAAUGUGGACAUGGAGCUCUCCAAAUUGGAAACAUAUGGUUGGGGUGGAAAAUGUCAUCGUGGAAUUCGAUCAGAGGAAAACUUUGGAAUACAUCCUUUCUAUAUUGAGAAAGGUUUGGAGAAAAUGGGGGGCUUUGAGCUAUUGGCUCCUACUACUGGUGCAAAUGCUUUGCGAAUUCUUCGGGCAAUGCAACUUCCAAAGCCUGUCUUACUGGAAGGUAGUCCAGGGGUCGGCAAAACAAGUUUAGUGGUCGCGCUUGCCAAUCUUUCUGGUCAUUCUGUCGUGAGGAUAAACCUUUCUGAACAGACAGAUAUCAUGGAUCUAUUGGGGACUGACUUGCCUGUUGAGGAUAACAAUGACAUAAAUUUUGCUUGGUCUGAUGGAAUCCUUCUUCAGGCUUUGAAGAAUGGAAGUUGGGUUCUACUGGAUGAACUUAACCUAGCUCCCCAAUCAGUCUUAGAGGGAUUAAAUGCUAUCUUGGAUCACCGUGGUGAGGUUUAUAUUCCAGAACUGGAUUGCACCUACAAAUGCCCACCAUCUUUCAGAGUUUUUGCUUGUCAAAACCCUUCUUAUCAGGGUGGUGGUAGGAAAGCCCUUCCGAAGUCCUUCCUCAAUCGCUUCACUAAGGUUUUUGUGGAUGCUUUGUGUGAAGAAGACUACCUUUUUAUCUGUAGCUCGCUUCAUCCGGAGAUCUCCAGGGACUUGCUUUCAAAGUUAAUUUGCUUUAACGACCGUCUUUAUAAAGAUACCAUGUUAGAUGACAAAUAUGGUCAGAUUGGAUCUCCUUGGGAAUUUAAUUUGCGUGAUAUUCUACGGUCAUGCCAACUUAUAGAAGCUGAAACCCCAAAAGUAGAUUGCUUCCUCAAUGUUGUUUAUCUUCAAAGAAUGCACACGGAAGCAGACCGAAUGCAAGUGGUCGAGCUCUAUAAGGAAGUUUUUGAUGUGAAACCUUGUUUAAAUGACUCCCCAAAAAUUCGAAUUGAACCAAGCUACUUGAUUGUAGGCAGUGCAUGUGUCCAAAGAAAUGUGGUCCAACCCACAAAGACUUCCCCAAGUGGACUUCAUCUACUUCCUGGGCUGGGUCACAGCUUAGAAGCUGCUUUGCAAUGUGUACAACAUAGAUGGUUGUGCAUACUAGUGGGCCCACCUUCGUCUGGGAAAACCUCACUGGUCAGGUUAAUGGCAGAACUUUCUGGAAAUUCAUUGCACGAAUUCAAUCUAUCGUCUGGGACAGAUAUGUCGGAUUUGCUUGGCAGCUUUGAGCAGUAUGAUGCUCCUAGACAUUGGAGCUAUGUUUUGGAACGUGUUAAAGGUUACAUUGUUGAGUAUUGCACCAAAUGCUUGGAAUACUCCCCAUGGAAAUUAUUGGCUGAAUGUGGUGAAAAAUUGCUCAAGAGUUGGCUUGCUUUGGAAUCAGGAAUAAAAUAUUGUAGUUCUGCAAGCUUUGAUCCCGGGAGUUGGAUGCAGGGGCCAAUAAAUCCGCAGGAGCAAUUGAUUGAAAUUGUGAAACAAUUGGAACUGGGUGUUGAAGAUGCACAUUUAAAUGUAUCUUGGUCCAUUAAUGAUCUGGAUAACAUACGGGAUACCAUUCGUGCUCUGCAGAGGAACUCUCAGUCCAAGUCAUAUUCCGGAAAAUUUGAGUGGGUCUCUGGUGGCUUGAUCAAGGCUCUUGAGCUUGGUCACUGGGUGGUUCUGGAGAAUGCAAAUCUCUGCAACCCCACGGUGCUUGAUAGGUUAAAUUCAUUGGUUGAGCCAAGUGGUUCAAUUACUAUAAACGAGCGCGGGCUUGUGAAUGGAAAACCAAUGGUAUUGCAUACCCAUCCCAAUUUUCGCAUGUUCUUCACAGUUGAUCCUAGUCAAGGAGAAGUAUCCAGGGCAAUGCGCAAUAGAGGUGUCGAGGUCUUUUUACUGCCGCCAUACUGGAUAUCAGCUGAAAUAACAUCUGAUUUUGAUGUUAAGAAAGAAGACUUGAAGGUUGCAGAGAGAUUCUUGGUUUUGUCGGGGAUUCCGGUAUAUAAAUUGGUUGAGGCAAUGGCAAAAGCGCAUGCAUAUGCUAAAGAUGAAGGCUUACGCCUUGGCAUCCAUAUCUCUCUCCUUGAACUUAGCCGGUGGGUUCGUUUAUUCCAGCUACUCCUGAUGAAUGGCUCUGGGCUUUCUGAGAGCUUGCUUUUAAGUUGGGAUCACAUAUACAGGUCUUCAUUUGGUUCCACUGAAGGAAGAGAUAUUGUUAACCAUGCAGAAACCUUGUUUCUAGCGGGUUUGGGUCCAUCUGAACAAGGCCCACUUUUGAGCUGCUCCUUAUCUUUGCCUGGUGGGUGGCCAACACCACUUGAAUUAAAAAGCUUCCUCUGGUAUUCGAGAGAAACUUUUGUUAAACAAAAUUGCAUGUAUUUGGAGUUCCUGGGAGCACAAGUUGCUUCUUCUCAAGUUAUCAGCAGCAGUUGGAGCUUUAAGAUGCAGUCCAGUACAAAGGGCCUCCUUGGACUGUCUAGGCUACCUGAAUGCAAGAAACUCAAUCCACGUGUGCUUCCAGUUCACUGGUUACAAUUUAUUCUGUUCCCUAAUGCUUCAAAUAACCCUGUCAUACCUUCAGAUUUUUGUUUGGAAAUGGUCAACAACAUGCUCUUCUUUGCUGCCACAUGGACCAUGGAACAGGCAACAAGUAGUGAUCUCAACCUUUAUAUCCAGUAUUUCAAGUGGUGUGCUUCUCUAAUGGAACCGCAUUGCAAUUUCCUCCGAAGUUUUGUGGCAAUACUUGAAAGAGAAAGAGACCAUCCAAUUUGGAGAAAGAUUGAUGAUCAGUGGACAGAAAUUAUUUCUUAUUGUAAAAAUACUGAAAAGCAACAAAAUAGAGGGAAGAUUGUUGAAGUCCAGCAUUUGCCAUUGUUGUCAAUGGAGGUUGUGGAAUUUGCUACAUCAAAUGAUUGUCUGAGAAAUUGCGGCAAACUUCUGCAUAAUGCCAUACGAUGUGUUGACUUGUUGAGGCUCAGUUUUCAGCAGUGGAAUGCUGAAGAUGAAGUUGCAUCAAAUGCUCUGAAGAACAUUCAUUACAGAGCCUACAAUUCACAGUCUCUAAAUGGAAGGUUUAAUCUCUCUGCACGACACUUAAUUAAUGCAUUGAAGAAGUUGGAAAUGGGUCUGCUUGAUGUUAUUGUGGAGUCGCCUUUCUUUGAUCUAUUUCAUCAAUUUUACAUUAACCUUCUUGAGCACCAUAUUUCUAUAUGGAAGGCAGUAAAUUUGUCACAAUAUGAUUACUUGUGGAUUUCUUUGAAUGCAUUGAAGAAGGAAGUGUCAAAGCUACGGGAGCAUUUUCCUGAACUCGCGGAUCGUAUGCUGGAUGAAUGCUGGAAGUUAGAUGUGGAGCUCUCUCGAGAUUUCUAUGUGGGAAAUUCCAUGCUUUGGAAGUAUGGGGGGCACCCAGUAAUGCCGUCUUCAGAGGAUGUGUUUGUCAAAUCACAACAGCUUUUGAAUUUCUGUGAGGAGAUAUGGCCGAGGUCAAUGACAUUGAAAAACCAGAUAUGUUCAGUAGAUGAUGUCCAUUCUCAAAAGAAAUAUCUAGUGGAUGCUGCUAUAGCUGCUAAACCAGAGAUUCGUGUGCUGGCAAUGGAAGGUGUUUCCUUGUCCUCUAAUUGUAUAUCUGCAAGUGGCCAUCAUAACUCUGAUAAUAUUUGUCAUUUGGAAGAGAUACACCAGAAGCUUUUGAGAUUGGUUGAAUUGGAGAGGCAUAUUCUAGAAGGAGUUAUAGAUCCCAUGGGCCAUCAUCCAAGUUGCCUUUCUGGAAAAUUAUCCGACUGUUGUUCAUUUCACUUGCAUAAUUUCUGCACAAUCUCAGCAUACGAGCAGUGGCUCAUGAUUGUUCCGUUAAAUGAUAUCAAGAGCUGGUACCUGGAUUUGGGUUUGCUUCAAACAUUAUCGGAGAAUCUUCUGCAAGAGCCUGGUGAUCAGCAUCAGGUUCUUUUGCAAAUCGUUGAACGUUUGAAUUGCUCUAAGGAAUUUUCGCUGAAGUCAUCAUCAAGACCAGCAUUGGAUUUUUCUCCUCAUGAAAGUAUGAUGCAAGUUUUACGUGAUUGGUCCUCAGUGGAAUCUGUGACUACAAAAGUGGCAAGUUUUGCGCUGGAUAUGUGGUUCCGUUGGCAUUCAUCUUUGUGGACUCCCCGCCAAAAACCACUCAAGAACUGCGCUGAAUGGAAUUACAAUGAUAUUCAGGGACCAAGUGCUCUAUUCCAGCUAGCGAAGACAUUAGCAGUUGACGCAUUUCUUCAGCGUGGUGUCGUUGUCAAUGACCAUGCAAUUCAAUGCCUGCUUCUUAAUGUUGUUACUCGAAGCCUUUGGCGUGAUGCUUCUUCAAUGGGGGCUGUAUAUGAAGUGGUUUACUCUGCUGCUCGUUCUCUCUUCCAGCAGAUUAUCUUUGCUCAUCGCAAGUCUUUUGAUGAAGACAAAUUCUUGGAACUCAAGUCAAUGUUGCUUUCAAUUCAGGAAGGCCAUAAAAUGAAAGCAUCGUCUCAAGAUCUGGAAAAAUUGAAACUGAUUCUUCGAUCUUCAAGGCAUGGCCAACUGGUGGCGCUGAUUAAUUCGCACGUCGGACCUUUGGUCAAGGAGCUUUACUAUGAAUCCGCUUCUAAGGACUUUAUGUGCAACCUUGGUCAUGCAUGGUUACAUAUUGGGGAGUUGCGAUUUUGCCUGUUAGUAAACCGGGGUGCUCGUGAUCCUGCCACGAAACAUGCUUGCAAGUAUGCUAAGUUAUCAGAAAAGAUCACUGUAUGUGAACUCGAGAUCAAGGUUCGCCAAGAAUGUGACCAUUUGGCUGGAAGGGACUUGUUAACUGCGAAUUCCAGAGAUCGAGAAUCUUCACUUCAAAUGCUCAAAGAAGAGCUUAAGAGGUUGAAAGCUAAGGUUGUUUUCCGUCCUCAUUUGGCUAAUUUCAAGGAUUUAGUUUACUACUGUGUUGAUUUCCAUGAAUCACUCGAUGACCUUGAUAGACUGACGAGAGAAAUGGAAACUGAAUACAAUAUUUUGCAGCAGGACCGAGUAUGCUUCUGGCAGGAUAAAUUAGCCAGAUUUGUUGAUCAACUUGCAGUAAAUUAUACUAAUUAUAUGGAUAUAGUUCAGCCCAUUCAAGUUGCUGUAUAUGAAAUGAAAUUGGGCUUGUAUUUUCUUGCAUUAAAUGCAAUGCAGAAGAAUAUUCUGAAUAAAGUCGGGCAAGCCAAUAUUGACCUAACUCAUGACACACUUUGUUCACUCAUGGAAUUCCCAAGAAAACAGAGUUCAGAAUCAGCUUCUGCUGGGAAAGCAAUUUGUCUACCUAAUGUGGAUUUGCUUCAUAAGUUAUCUGGAACAUCUGCAGUAGUGUUGAGUGUGCACUCCCAUGCUACCAUUUCUCAAAUUCAUCUUAUUCGUGUUGCGCAUUAUAUCUUCAAUUCGUUAUUCUUGGAUCAUGAUUUGAUGGAGGAUUUAAAUAAGAUAUUUGACCAUUUUGCGGCUCUUUGGAUGGAUAUGAAAGUACAUCUGAAGUCGAAAGUAGGUGAUAAGGCUGAUUUGUACAAAUUUAAACCUCGUAUACUCAAGAUAGAAGAUAGUUUUGAAGUUGAUAUCUCGGAUUUGAGAAAAGUUGUCCCAGAGGACAAUUGGUCUCUGGAGUGGCAAGAUAUUUUAACAGAUCCAGAAGUGAAGGAUCAGGAAAUGAAGACUGAAGAUAUGGAGGAUGCUUGGGAUUUCAUCGAUGACUCACUCUUAAGAGACAUAAUUCAUGUCCAUAAUCGUCUUUUUGGAUCAAGUAACCUUGUGGAUUACCCUUGUAGAGUUCAGGUUACUGAAGAUGAUAAGUUGCAUGAAUUUCUUGUCUCUUACAAGUUUGGAAUGAGGAUCAUCAGAGGCAACAGAGAGCUGUGGGCUUCAUUACCCUGUGGCCUGGAUUCACGUAUUUUGCUGAGUCACUUGCUUCAACUGUCUUUGGAGCACAAGCAGAUUUCUGAUUCUUCACAUCCAAUGCUUCGUGCCUACAACAUCUAUAAGGAUUCCAACACUCGGGAGUUGGCUCAAAUGGUAAAGCCCCUUUUCUCUCUUCAAGAAAGGGUAGUUUCUCUCCUAAAUGAGUGGCCAGAAAAUGUCACCCUCCAGCAAAUUUUGGAAAUAAUUGACAUGCUCUUAGCUAUUCCAUUGGAAACGCCCCUGUUAAAGGCUCUUGUCGGAUUACAACUUUUAGUAAGCAGAGCUCAACUAUGGGAGCAAAAUGCUUCAAAGUUUUCAUCGUUAUCGGAACAAUUGCAGCCGGUUUACUUUUUCAUUUGUCGUUGGCGCAAGUUUGAGUUUGAUUGUUGGCCUGCUUUGCUUGAUGACCUUCAAGAGCAGCAUGAACUGAAUGCUGGAAAGCUGUGGUUUCCAUUGCACUCCCUUCUUCAUCGGAAACUUUCCUGUGAGGUGAACAACGGAAAUCUUUCCACAAUUCAAAGUUUAGAGGAGUUUAUGCAGACAGCCAAUGCAGGGGAGUUCAAGAAGCGCUUAGAACUUCUCCUUGCUUUUCACGGACAGUUCAUCACUUGUAUUAACUUGCAUGCUGGUUCUGAAAGUGAAUCCAUACCUCAGCUUAAGGCAAACUCAAAUAUUUUGUACAACAUUUUUGGAUAUUAUGUACAAUUUUUGCCAUUGAUUUUAAAACAUGUGGGAGUUGGUAGAAAAAAUAUCGAGAAGGAUUUGAAGGAUUUCUCGAAGCUCUGCAAAUGGGAGGAUCACACAUAUGUUGCUUUAACGGAAAUGUCUAAAAGAACUCAUCAGAAACUUCGAAAGCUUCUACAAAAGUUCAAUGACAUAUUGCAACAGCCUGUAAUGGUUAUAUUAACCCAAGAAGCUGCAAGACUGGCGAUUCGAAGUCCUGCAGUGGUGGCUAACCAAAUACCUGCUGAAGGAGAUGCUAUAAAUAUGAAGAUGCUGCCAAGUGUGAUAGAUUUUGUCCCAUCCAGUUCUACUGAAAGUUUGGCUGUUUGUUAUGAGAACUGGAGACACACAAUUGAGUCUGAUUUACAGCAUUUAUGCUCGGGACACGCAGUCCAAUUUGGUUUGCUAGGCCCUGGAUCAGAGGAAUUUCAAGAUUCAUUACCCCUUAAAGAAAUUGAGAAAGCUGCAAUGAACAUAUCCCAGUGUGUGUUUUCUAAAUCAGCAUGUCAAUUACGUCAGGAAGGACGGAUUUCAAUAGAGACAUUACAUGAAAAUGUUGCUGAAUUUAUGCACCUUCGCCUCAACCAUGGGAGCAAAAAGCUUAUGAAGCUAGUGUUAAACAACCUUCUAGAGUUUCUGGAUAGAGUUGGGUUAUCCAGUAAUAAAUCAGUGAUCGCUGAGAGGGAGCGUGAUCCAAGUAGCUGGUUUCUUGAACCAUCGUGGGAUGUUAGACAUCUAUUGCUCCAAGAAAAUGGGAAAUAUGAUAGAAGUUUCAACGAGAUUAGCUAUGGUCAUUUUCCUUGGUUGCCAGCUGAAAAGAGUGAGUUAAUCUGGAAAGCGGCGAGCCUUUGCUACUACAAGAACAUGGCAAUGAUGCAGCAGAUAAGAGAAAGUAGCCUUAAUUUCCAUAAAGAUCUUGAUAACAAAAUGGUCACUGAAUCAACUGCUCUCCUCAAUCAUCUCAUGUCCAUACAAAGGCAUCAGAGAGAAUUUGCUGGUGCAUUUUCCAAUGAGCUCCAAUAUUUGCGGAAGCUCACUUAUCCAUUCAAUGAACUGGGUCUUGGUUGCAAAAAGUUUUCUCUUUCCCCUAGACAGCUUGCCACCCACAAGUGUAUGCAUCAGCAAAAGCAUUUAUUGGACAGUCUAUAUGACACAUCAAGUGAUGUGUCUUUGUUGCUGAGAACAAUUGAAGAUUCACAUUCAAGUACUUGCAAGGAUGUCCGAGCUGAAGCAAACAAAAUGUCCUUGUUCAUUGAAAAGUUCAUCCCUGAUCUUCUGAAAGCUAAGGAAAUGUUGGAUCAAUACUUCUUGGGUUCUAAGGGAUUUGUGACCACACAUCCUUCAUGUGAGCGUCCUUACAUUGUUCCAAAGCAAAUGGAGGAACUAGUGGUCCAGAACUUCUGUAUCAUACGGCAAAUGGGUGAAGGCCUUGAGAUGCUCUUGCAGCCAGCCUCUGAGAGCCAAUUUGUGAGGGAAUCUCUCCUGACCUAUAUCAGAGAUCUUAUAGACGAGGGUAAUAAAAUUGAAGAAGAAUUUAAUGCCAAGCAGGAGCCAGAAAUCCAGUUGGGGAGUGUCCAUGAAUUGGAUACUGUAUUUACGGAAACUUUUGCCAAAAAGGAUAACUCAUUCAUGGAUGCCUAUGUGAGAACUGCCCAUGAGGUUGCAGAUGUUCUUGUAAAUUAUGAUUUUCAACCAAAUGGGGGUCAUACUGUAUCUGAAGGUCCUGUUAGUGGAAAUUUUGCAAUGUGGAGAAGUCUCUUUGAACAACACAAGGAGAAUCUGAAAUUAGACGUUAUAAAGGUUGGGCUUGAAGAAACUAUUGUUGCUGCGGUUGGCCUUGUUGAUUAUGCAGGGCAGAAACUACCUGAUAUAUGCACAAGAGUGGGAGUAUAUUUAGACCAUCUUUAUGUCUUAUUAGACAUGGUUUUGAUCAGUGGUGAGGCAGUUCUUUUUGACUACCUAGUCAUGCAUAAGAAAGUGACAGAAAUGACUCACUUGCUGGCGAAUGGCUUCUUGUUGCUGAAUACCGAGGGUUUUGGAGUGGCUGAAGAGAGCCAGAAAGAUGAUAAUAGUGGUGAUAAGAGUCAAGAUGCAAGUGGAACAGGUAUGGGAGAGGGAGAAGGUCAGAAGGAUGUGAGCAAUCAAAUAGAGGAUGAAGAUCAGCUUCUUGGGACUUCAGAGAAGUUUGGCGAAGAAGCAAAUACUGCAGAUAAACUCCCCAGUAAGAAUGAUAAAGGAAUAGAGAUGGAAGAAGAUUUUGCUGGUGACACUUUCAGCGUCAGCGAGGACUCAGAAGAGGAUGAUGAUGAAGAUUCUGAGGAUGUUAACCUGGACAAAGAAUUGGGAGAAACUGGUGAAAACAAUGAAACUGUAGAUGAAAAGCUUUGGAAUAAUGCAGAAGACGGUGAUCCAGAUAACCCCAUAGAAAAAUACGAAACAGGUUCAUCUGUUAAUGACAAAGCCUCCACUGAUAGAGAAAUAAGAGCUAAGCACGACACAGAUAUUGCUGCUGAAGAAAAUCCUCGAGGUUUGGAGACUGAUGUGCCGGAACAAGAAUUGCAUGAGAGGGAAGAUGAAGCUGCUGCUUCUGGUGACGAAAAUGGCACUGAGGAUAUGAAAAUGGACAAAGAUGAAGCAUUUGCAGAUCCUUCUGGGAUUCAACCUGAAGAAGAGAAUCCUGGAUUGGAAGAUAUGGAUUUAAAUUCAAUGGACCAACUUGAAGAUUCGAAUGCCAUGGAGGAGACAGAGAAUGUGGAUGAUAGGGACGGAGAUAUUAGUAAUAAAGAUGAAGAUAUGGCGGAAGCAGAACCUGAGCAAUUCUGUGGCGAUGAUGAGAGGGAUGAGCCAGGUAGUGAACAAACUGAGGAUGUUGAUAAGGCCAGCUCAGAAGCAGCUAAUAAAGACGAAGAGAACCAAAAUUCUACUCAGGCAUCCCUUGCUUUCUCUUUUACUAGUUUGUCAAAUAAUGGCCAAGCAACAGAGGACCAUCAGGCUAAUUAUGAUGAUUUGCAGAGUGGCCAAGCUAUGGCGAUAGGUUUGCCCAACAAUGGUGCCCCAGAGAUUGAAGCGCUUGCACCUGACCCAAUGUAUGGUAGAGAGAUGCCGAUGUCUGAAUCGGUGCCUCCAAACCAAUCAUCCAAUCCUCCAUCUUCAAUGCAAAAUACAAAGCCAAAUCCUUAUCGUAGUGUUGGGGACGCUAUAAAGGAGUGGAAAGAAAGACUUGUAGUAUCAUCAAACAUACCUGAUAAUAAAGCAGAGGACUUGGAUGACUCAAAAGUUGAGGAAGGGGAUGAGUAUAGGUUUGUUUCUGACACUGAGAGGAGUACCUCUCAGGCUCUGGGUUCUGCAACAUCUGAUCAGAUCAAUCAAAGCAUUGAAAGGAAAGAGAAUAGGGAGAAGGAAAGUUAUGAUGAGCAGAAUAAAGACGUCACCACCAUGGAAACCGAAGAGGAAACUUCUGAACCCCACCAUCUCAAGAGUUGUAUUAAUACUCUUAGACCUAGAAUGGUUGAGGAAUUGCAGGAAUCCGCUGCUAUAAAUGCUGAACCUUUGGAGGAUAAUGAGUCAUCAGGGUUUAAAAAUGAUGACAGUGGCUUGUCAAAAGACUUGGUCCUGAUGCAAAAUAUGGACUUGAAUGAUAAAUAUUCACUGCAUGGGGGCUUUGAUAAAGAGUUGGGAAAAUUGAGGAAAGACGUAGGUGAUAUGUCCACCGAUGGCAUUGAAGGCAAUGAUCCCAACAAGCUUUGGAAUGAGUAUGAACGGGACACUACAGUUCCAUCCCAGGAAUUGGCUGAGCAGUUGAGAUUGGUCAUGGAACCUAAUCUAGCUAGUAAAUUACAGGGUGAUUAUAGAAGUGGAAAGCGAAUAAACAUGAAGAAGGUUAUCCCAUACAUAGCCAGCCAUUUCCGGAAGGAUAAGAUAUGGAUGAGGCGAAUGAAACCCAAUAAACGAGAUUACCAGGUCGUUAUAGCAGUGGACGACUCACGCAGUAUGUCUGAGAGUGGCUGUGGGCAUUUUGCACUUAAAGCUCUAAUUACAGUCUGCCGGGCCAUGUCACAGCUAGAUGUGGGACAGAUGGCAGUUGCUAGCUUUGGUGGGGAGGGAAAUGCACGGCUUAUUCAUAAUUUUGAUCGCCCUUUUACCAGCGAAUCAGGCACUCAGAUGAUCUCAAAUUUCUCUUUCAAGCAAGAUAACACAAUAGCAGAUGAACCCAUGGCUGACCUCCUCAAAUUCUUGAACAACUUGCUUGAUGUCUCUUUCGUCAAUGCUCGUUUGCCUUCUGGUAGGAACCCACUGGAGCAACUCAUAUUGAUCAUUGCAGAUGGCCGCUUCCAUGAGAAGGAAAAUUUGAGGCGGCGUGUGAGGGAUGCCCUUAGCAAGAAGCGACUGAUUGCCUUUCUCCUUCUUGACAAUUCAGAAGAGUCAAUCAUGGAUGUUCAAUCUGUGUCAUUCUCCAGCGGCCGCACAAAGAUUUCAAAGUAUUUGGAUUCAUUCCCCUUCCCAUAUUACAUCAUACUGAAGAACAUCGAGGCACUUCCAAGCACGCUUGCUGAUUUGUUGAGACAGUGGUUUGAGCUUAUGCAAGUCUUGGGGGAUUGAGCGGGAUUGAGCCUUCAGAGUUUGUGGAGCUGGAAAAGAAAUUUUCUUCCAACCUAUGGGAUGCCGCCGAAUGAUCAAGAAUUUUUGAAAGAUAAUAGAAAAAGCUUGUAACGAAAUGUAAAUGGAAGUAAAGAGUACUGAAACUAGCCUGAAACAAAUACAGGCAUCCCCGUGUAAUUAUAACAAUUUCAAUAUUCAAUUUGAUGAAAUCCAGAUGCUUUUGUUCC